UUUUCAUCACUUCCUCUCCUUUUCUUUCGCCCCCUUUUUGGUCGCAGUUCCAGGCGGAGCAGCACCGUGAGAGGAGAGGAGGGUGGGCGACGUGCGUCCCUCUCUCUCGAUCUCGGGAUUCUCCGGAUUGCUCGGCUAACAUGCUGGAAAGCGUUUCCGAGGGCGUCAACAGAUUCGCACCGCCUCCUCCGAGGAACCGGCCUCUCAAUCGGCGCAAAUCUGGCGAUAGAUAUGAUAAACCUAAUUACUCAUAUGGCCUUGACGGGGAAAAGAGUCAAGCGUCUUAUUCGAAAAACUUUACUACAGUAGAACGAGGAGAGAUUCCUCACAGUAACAUUGCAAAAGUGAACACUCAUUCUAAGUUAAUACCUUUAGAGGGGUGUUCAUCCAGUGAGGCUGUGCAAUUUCUAGCUGAGCGUUGGGCAGCAGCUGUGCAUCUAUUGGAUGACCCAUCAACUGAUGUACACGAAAGGCCAGUUGUGUACUCUGGAGCCAGUGGAUCAUCCUGGGUUCACUCCAAGCUUCCCCAUCAGAACGACUUUCUUGGGGACUUACAGCGCAAAAUCCAGAAAGCUGAUAGCGAUGCAGGAUUGGCCACCAGCGUCAAUUGAUGAGCGCAACUUGUGACGGUUUAAUGUUUGGACAACCACCUCAUCUGUAUGGUGUUGUGUGGCAUACAACUUGUAGAAAUAUGUUAUAUUUCUGGUACCUAUUUGCUGGUUGUAUUUUAAUGCCUGUAAUCAGUAACUAAAUAGAGCUAUCAAAUGAGCUGGGUCUGUUUGUAUUUUA